CGAGCACAAACGUCAGUCUUCACUGGUAAAGACAUCGAUAGGUCUCACCACAAAAUAUCCUAAACCCUCAAAAAACCCUGCUUACUGUUUCCUAGGCAUUUCUCCCAGCAGAAGUACCUAGAGGCGAAACUAAUGGCUUACAGACGAAGCAUCACAGCUAGAGCGAAACUCUUCUAUCAACAACAGCAGCAUCGAGUCGCGCCUCCGUUUUCACACAUACAUCGUGAUGAUGGCGAUCGAGAUGAUUUUCGCACAGAUCCCGUUUCCAGGAGCCCGGUAACCAGUAAUUAUUUCCAGCACCGGCUUUUUGGGAACACGAGUGUUUUCAGCACUUUUGGCGGGCCGAGAAAUGGUUUUCAGGGCAGUAGAUUUGCGGUUCCAGCUGGCUGUGGGUUGAUUCUGGGUAGGAACUUCUCUACUGGUAGUGUUGGAGAAGGGACAGCCGAUAAGAUUGAGAUUUUGAACGACAUGGCGGGGGUUUUGGGGGAGAAGGCUGUGGAGGUGGCGCCGGUGGUGAAUGAAGUGGCGGUUGCAGCGGCAGAUUCGUUCUUCCCGGUGGCGGCCCUCCAGUACAUGAUUGACUACAUUCACGUCUAUACAGGAUUGAAUUGGUGGGCAUCAAUUGCUGUGGCAACUCUUUUGAUUCGUUCACUUCAGCUUCCUCUAAUUGUGAAUCAGCUGAAAUCAACUACCAAAUUUUCUCUUCUAAGACCGAAGUUGGAGGCAAUCAAAGAAGAAAUGCAAGAUAGGGACAUGAGCCCCAGUGCUGUUGCUGAAGGUCAGGCAAGAAUGAAACAAUUGUUCAAAGAAUAUGGUGUUACCCCAUUUACCCCUUUAAAAGGACUUCUAAUUUCAGCUCCCAUCUUUGCAAGUUUCUUCUUUGCUGUUAAUAACAUGGCAGAGAAGGUUCCAUCUUUCAAAGAGGGAGGAUUAUUUUGGUUUACUGAUUUGACAACUCCUGAUAGCAUGUAUAUUUUCCCCGUUCUGACGGCAUUGACAUUUUGGAUUACGGUGGAGUGCAAUGCUCAAGAAGGUUUAGAAGGCAACCCUACUGCCGGUACCAUUAAAAACGUUUCUAGGGUCUUUGCAGCAUUGACAAUACCUCUCACAGCUAGUUUUCCCAAGGCUAUAUUCUGUUAUUGGAUCACCUCCAACCUUUUUUCACUUGCAUAUGGAUUAGUGAUAAAGAGACCCGCUGUUAAGAAGAAGUUGGGAAUACCAAGCAUACCCGUGCCACCACCUUCAACUAAUCAAAAACCCAGCUUCUCAUUCUUCGAAGGACUAAAGAAGUUUGCAGCAGCACAACAACAACAAUCUCUAGCAUCAUCUGCCGAACAAUCAUCAAAACCUACGAAUAGAAGAAUACCCUCAUCAUCUGACCUUAAUCAACGGAUUAAGAGCUUGGAGAAGCAAGUCAAGGGAAGAAAGAAAGGAAAGAGAAGCAUCUAUUAUUUGCCUUUGUUGCCUGAAUCAUGUUAUCUUCUUCAUCUUGUGGUUGGUUUUAUGGGGAAUCUGCAUAAUAAGUGUUGGUCUUUCUUUGUUGUUGAGGUUGAACCUUCGAAGCCCGCCAGGGAUGGGAAGCCGUCGAUCGGACCGGUUUAUCGGAGUAUCUUUGCCAAGGAUGGUUUUCCGGAGCCGACGCCGGGACUCGACAGCUGUUGGGACAUUUUCCGUUCUGUGAGGCAUUGGGGCCUGAGAUCCUCAAGUUUGUCUGUAGAGAAGUAUCCCAACAACCGGAUGCUUGGCCGUCUUCAAAUAGUCAAUGGGAAGCCUGACAAAUAUGUAUGGAUGACUUACAAAGAAGUGUAUGACAUAGUCCUGAAAGUUGGCAACUCCAUCCGUAACUGUGGCAUUGAACAAGGAGGACGAUGUGGUAUUUAUGGUGCUAAUUCCGCUGAGUGGAUUAUGAGUAUGGAGGCGUGUAAUGCUCAUGGACUCUAUUGUGUCCCUUUAUAUGACACUUUAGGUGCUGGGGCUAUCGAAUUCAUCAUUUGCCAUGCUGAAAUUGAACUUGCUUUCGUAGAAGAGAAAAAAAUCUCAGAGCUUCUGAAAACUUUUCCGACUGCAGCUAAGUACUUGAAAACAAUUGUAAGCUUUGGGAAGGUUAGUUCUCAGCAGAAGGCUGAAGCUGAAAACUUUGGUGUGGCUAUUCAUUCUUGGGAUGAGUUUCUGUCCUUGGGAGAAAGCAAACAUCACGAGCUUCCUGUGAAAAAGAGAACAGAUAUUUGUACAAUUAUGUAUACCAGCGGAACUACUGGAGAUCCAAAAGGAGUCAUGAUUUCCAACAAUACAAUUGUUUCUUUUAUAGCUGGAGUUAAUCGUCUGCUAGAGAGUGUGAAUGAAGCGUUAACUGUCAAUGAUGUGUACCUCUCAUAUCUUCCUUUGGCGCACAUCUUUGAUCGUGCCAUUGAAGAGUGUGUCAUCAAUAAUGGGGGCUCGAUAGGGUUUUGGCGGGGGGAUGUCAAGCUGUUGGUGGAAGAUAUUGGACUCCUCAAACCCACUAUUUUCUGUGCAGUUCCUCGGGUAUUAGAUAGAAUAUAUUCAGGUUUGCAACAGAAGAUUGCUGCAGGUGGUUUCAUAAAAAAUACCAUGUUCAACCUUGCUUACUCUUUAAAAUUACGUAAUAUGAGGAAGGGACAAAAACACACAGAAGCAUCUCCACUCUGCGACAAAGUUGUUUUCAAUAAGGUGAAACAAGGUUUAGGAGGAAAUGUUAGAGUUAUUUUAUCUGGAGCAGCACCUCUUGCCUCUCAUGUGGAAGAGUAUCUGAGAGUCGUGUCAUGUUCUUAUGUUCUUCAAGGAUACGGCUUAACAGAAACUUGUGCCGGUACAUUUGUGACGAUACCUGAUGAGAUAAACAUGCUGGGAACUGUGGGACCCCCAGUUCCGAAUGUGGAUGUUUGCUUGGAAUCUGUUCCUGAAAUGGGGUAUGAUGCCCUUUCAAGUACACCACGUGGAGAAGUAUGUGUAAGGGGGGAUACAUUAUUUGCAGGCUACUACAAACGUGAAGACCUUACAAAAGAAGUCUUCGUUGAUGGCUGGUUUCAUACAGGGGAUAUUGGUGAAUGGCAACCGGAUGGGAGUUUGAAGAUUGUUGACCGUAAGAAAAACAUCUUCAAACUCUCGCAAGGAGAGUACGUUGCUGUGGAGAAUUUAGAGAAUAUCUACGGCCUAGUACCUGAUAUUGACUCGCUAUGGAUUUAUGGAAACAGCUUCGAGUCUUGCCUUGUUGCUGUUAUUAAUCCAAACCAGCAAGCAGUUGAGAGAUGGGCUCAACAGAAUGAUCUGUCUGGGGACUUCAAUGCCCUAUGCGAAAAUCCCAAAGUAAAAGAGUACUUCCUUGGAGAACUAUCGAGGAUUGGAAAAGAAAAGAAGUUGAAGGGAUUUGAAUUCGUCAAAGCUGUGCACCUUGAUCCUGUCCCGUUUGACUUGGAACGUGAUCUUAUCACGCCAACAUUCAAAAAGAAGAGACCCCAGCUACUUAAGUACUAUCAGAGCGUGAUUGACAACAUGUACAAGAGUGUGAAAUAAGCGCUUUGGCUAGAGGUGAUCUUUUGUGAUAUUUGCUGAUGGCUGCUAUGUUUCUUUGAAUACCUUUUGGUAAAAACUCCUGUCCGUUGGACUGUGUCCAAUUGGGGAAAACGCAGACAGUGAAAAAGAUAAACAAUGGAUAUCUAAUGUACAUACAUAUGUUGCCUUUUUUCCUGAAACUAUUGUAUUUCAAAUUCGUGGUUUUACUUAUUUAUAUUUUAUACAGCUUCGUUGUUUUCUUUCAUUGAAUUUUGUGAUAUGUUCAAAACUGGCUUGAGGGUUGAUUCUAUUCUACAAGGUUAGCUAGGGGGCUUGCGGCCAUCUUAGAAAAGCCAUCAUUUAGUUUACAAAUUUAUACACACUUUGAGGGUUGAUUCUAUUAUGAAAGGGUAGCUGGGGGCGUUGGGCCUUCCUGCUGAAUAUGUAGCAAUAAACUUCAUUAAUAAUGUUUGUUAUUAACUUUUGUUUGAAUAUAUAAAAUGAG